AAGAAUCUUGACACCCUCGCUGAAACGCUAACGAUAAGAAUAACGCUCGCCGAUUAGUUAAUUUCUUACACACACUCUUACUCUUUUAUCUAUACCAAUAUACCAUUUGCGUUGUCGCAGUCACAGGCUUAAGGCAAAACCCUAAAUUCUCUCACACUUUCGUCGGAAUACUAUUUUGGCUUUUUCCGUGACAAGAUGCCGGCGAAGGACGACGGCUCCGACAAGGAGAAGUGCCUCGAUCUCUUUCUCAAGAUCGGCUUAGACGAGCGCACGGCUAAAAACACGGUCGCCAACAACAAAGUCACUGCCAAUCUCACUUCCGUCAUCGACGAGGCCGGUGCUACUGAUGGAUGCAGCCGAACGGUCGGAAAUUUUCUUUACACGGUUGCGACGAAGUACCCUGCAAAUGCCUUGCCGCAUCGCCCAACAUUACUACAGUACAUUGUCUCGUUAAAGGUGAAAACAACUGCCCAGUUAGAUGCAGCAUUAUCAUUUCUUGCUACCACAGGCUCCGAGAAUCUUGAUUUGGACCGGUUUGAAGAAGCUUGUGGUGUUGGUGUUGAGGUUUCAGAAGAAGAUAUCAAACAAGCUGUUAGUGAAGUUGUUGAGGAGAACAAGGCUACAAUUUUGGAGCUACGUUAUCGAACAAAUGUGGGUGAGUUGCUGGGGCAUGUGCGCAAGAGGCUGCCAUGGGGUGAUGCAAAAGUUGCCAAGCAACUUGUUGAUGCAAAACUAUAUGAACUACUUGGUGAUCGGACAGCAGCAGAUGAUGAAAAGCCUUCUAGAAAGAAGAAGGAGAAACCUGCUAAAGUAGAGGAUAAGGCAGCUCCUGUUUCUACCCCUGAAAAGUCACCUGAAGAAGACGUUAAUCCAUUUUUAAUAUUCCCUAAUCCAGAGGAAAAUUUCAAGGUGCAUACUGAAGUGCCUUUUAGUGAUGGUAGUAUUUUGAGAUGUUGCAAUACAAGAGAUCUGCUUGACAAACACUUAAAAGCAACAGGUGGAAAAGUCUUGACCCGGUUUCCACCCGAACCUAAUGGAUAUUUGCAUAUUGGCCAUGCAAAAGCAAUGUUUAUUGAUUUUGGGUUGGCGAAAGACAGGGAUGGAGGUUGCUAUCUGAGGUAUGAUGAUACAAAUCCUGAAGCAGAAAAGAAAGAGUAUAUUGAUCAUAUUGAAGAAAUUGUCCAGUGGAUGGGUUGGAAACCAUUUAAGAUUACUUACACAAGUGAUUACUUCCAAGAAUUGUACGAAUUAGCAGUGGAGCUCAUAAAAAAGGGUCAUGCUUAUGUUGAUCAUCAGACACCUGAUGAGAUAAAGGAGUAUAGGGAGAAGAAACUGAACAGUCCUUGGAGAGACAGACCAAUUUCAGAGUCAUUGAAACUCUUUGAGGAUAUGAAAAAUGGCAGUAUCGAAGAAGGAAAAGCCACUCUUAGAAUGAAGCAGGACAUGCAGAGUGAUAACUACAAUAUGUAUGACCUUAUUGCAUAUAGAAUUAAGUUUACCCCACACCCUCAUGCUGGAGACAAAUGGUGUAUCUAUCCAAGUUAUGAUUAUGCACACUGCAUUGUGGAUUCUCUAGAGAAUAUCACACAUUCACUGUGUACACUUGAAUUUGAGACACGUCGUGCAUCAUACUAUUGGUUGUUGCAUGCGUUAGGCAUUUACCAACCUUAUGUGUGGGAGUAUUCAAGGUUGAAUGUCUCUAACACAGUUAUGUCAAAGCGUAAGCUAAAUCGUCUAGUUACAGAGAAGUGGGUUGAUGGGUGGGAUGAUCCUCGUUUGAUGACACUAGCUGGUUUGCGGCGUAGAGGCAUGACCCCAACUGCAAUCAAUGCUUUUGUCCGAGGAAUUGGAAUAACUAGAAGUGAUGGCACUUUGAUUUCUGUGGAACGCCUUGAAUAUCAUGUUAGGGAAGAAUUGAACAAAACAGCACCUCGUGCAAUGGUUGUCCUACAUCCACUCAAGGUUGUCAUUACUAAUCUUGAAGCCAACUCAGCAAUUGAGGUUGAUGCAAAGAAAUGGCCUGAUGCUCAAGCUGAUGAUGCUUCUGCUUUCUACAAGAUUCCAUUUUCCAAUGUUGUAUAUAUUGAACAUUCGGACUUCCGGAUGCAAGAUUCAAAAGAUUAUUAUGGCCUUGCUCCUGGGAAAUCUGUGAUACUCAGAUAUGCAUUUCCUAUAAAGUGCACUGAAGUUAUUCUAGCUGAUGAUAAUGAGACUAUUCUUGAAAUUCGAGCCGAGUAUGAUCCUUCAAAGAAGACCAAGCCUAAGGGGGUUCUCCAUUGGGUUGCUCAACCUUCUCCUGGAGUUGAUCCAUUGAAGGUGGAAGUCAGAUUGUUUGAGAGGCUAUUCCUAUCAGAGAAUCCCGCUGAACUUGACAACUGGCUUGGCGAUUUGAACCCAAAUUCCAAAGUGAUAAUUCCCGAUGCAUAUGGUGUGUCUUCCAUACAGAAUGCAAAAGUUGGGGACAAUUUCCAAUUUGAAAGAUUAGGCUAUUUUGUGGUUGACCGGGACUCGACAUCAGAAAAACUUGUUUUUAAUAGGACUGUCACCUUAAAGGGCAGCUAUAGCAAAGGUGGAAAGUAGGGUCCCUGAAUAUUGAUUAGAAGUAACAAGGUGGGACAGGCAGGUCUGCGGGUAAUACUUGUUUAAAUAGCUACUUAUAAUGCAUAGUUUUUUCUUUGAGGGGGUGGGGGGUUAUGUACAAACAUAUUUACUGGCCACUUAGCCAUGUACAUUUUCUUAAGGGAUUACUCAAUAGUUCCCCAAUUAUUUAAUUAUUUUGUUUGGUUGGUUUUGUAGUUUGAAGAUUUUUUCUGUUUACUCCCAAUGUAGUACCAAAUUGCUGUUAUUUUCCUACCAUUUUGUGUAAAAUUAGUUCUGAAGAAUCUUUCCCUUUACAUUUAAGUGAAAAUCAAGUCUAAUUUUUGUUCA